AGAAAACAAAAGCGGGUGGUAUGCUGCUUAGCUGCAGGUGGUUUUCGAUAGAGUACUGGUAUCUUGAUUCUAACCAACAGAGAAUAUGGAGCUUUCCAGUAUCGAAAAUUGUUGCUAUAGUGCAUUCUGGUUCAACAAAUUGUAAGAAGAAGAUUCACUUUGUCCUUCUUAUUAGUCGACAAGGGAAAGUGAGGUUGACUAAAUGGUAUUCGCCUUAUUCACAAAAGGAAAGAACUAAGGUUAUUCGUGAACUAAGUGGAGUGAUUCUGAGUCGAGGGCCCAAGCUUUGUAAUUUCGUUGAAUGGAGAGGAUAUAAAGUUGUUUAUAAAAGGUAUGCUAGUCUUUAUUUCUGCAUGUGCAUUGAUCAGGAUGACAAUGAAUUAGAGGUCCUUGAAAUAAUUCAUCAUUAUGUUGAGAUUUUGGACCGUUAUUUUGGCAGUGUCUGUGAGUUGGACUUGAUCUUCAACUUCCAUAAGGCUUACUAUAUAUUGGAUGAGCUUUUGAUUGCUGGUGAGCUUCAAGAGUCGAGCAAGAAAACAGUUGCCAGGCUAAUAGCUGCACAGGAUUCGCUGGUGGAGAGUGCAAAAGAGCAGGCCAGUUCCAUAAGUAAUAUAAUUGCCCAGGCCACCAAGUGAGAUACGAAAGAGCAAUUGUAUUUUGCAUUGGUUGAUUUUGAAGUGCUGUGCAGUCUGCUGUUGAUGUUUAUUACAAUUUUCCUUGUUGAUAUGUGAAGUAUAUGUUAUUCUAGAAUUUUAUCACACUGGAUAGCUAUUGUGAUUCACCUAGAAUCUGUCCAAUGUGAUUCAUAUGAUUGUGGCCUUUGUCAAGUGAAAUUUAUUAUUAACUCAAUUGUUCUGUGAAUGUUGUUGGCAGUGAUUGUAAUUAAAUGCUAGAACAACUAAUGCAGUAGAUUCUACAUCAUUGUUAACA